AUGAGGUCUCCCUUCUUGCUCCCCUUCCCUCCUUGUGGCCUGAUGGUGGUCUGGGCAUUCUUGAUACUCAUGGUCAUCGCUGGUCUUACAGCAAUUUGUACCUUGUGGUGCAUAUUUUGCUCUCUUAAAGAUUGGUUUUCUAGAAAGAGGCGGGACACCUCUUGUCGUACAGAAACUAUCUCACUACCCCAUGUACGACCACAAGACGAUUCCCUGAUACCAAGUUCUGCACCUCGGCCACAUGUUGAAGGACGUCCAAUCACUCUGACCUCCUCUCAUGACCAAAAUGAACGAGACAUCUUAUCGCAGUCACCUCUGCACUCGUGUCCUCAACUAUCUAUUCAAUCACCGCUGUUAACAGCAAACCUUGAUCGCGGGGACGAACCUUCCACUUCCACCCCAUUACAUAUUCGUCCUCCUGAAAUAGCCUCAACUGUAAAUCCGGUCGGAGGCCAACACUUAAUAGUUACCCCGCCACCAUUGGCCCAGGGAAGAGAAAAUCGUAGUAACCGAGAAAGAACAAGAAGUAACAGCAGGCUUGGAGGUAACGAGCGUGCUGGAUACAGGUUAGUCACGGUACUUCUUCCCGAAGAUCAUCCCGUUUUUACUCAGAGAGGUGAGACAUCUGAUAUGGCCGCAACUGGGUUCCAGCUGAUUCCAAUUCCUGUGGACGCUGAAAUCUUAGCUCGAGAAUGCCCCAUGACAGUGAUACAAAGGCCUCCGGACGUCGGGACACCGUAA